CCCUGCAUUUUCACUCAACCACAACCACAACCACAACCCAAACCCAAACCCAAACCCAAGCUUUUGUUAUUCCUCCCACUCCCAACAUAAGAAAGUUUGAGUCUUUUUCCUAAAAAUUCUUCCGAAGGGAAUCGAAUCUGAGAGAUGUGUGGAGGUGCUAUUAUCUCCGACUUCAUUCCGGCGUCGGUGGCGGCGAGGUCUCGCCGGCUGACUGCCGAUUACCUGUGGCCGGAAUUGAAGAAGCAGAGCUCAGGGAAGCACUUCUCUAAGCCCUUAAGGCCUGAGGUGAUUGACUUGGACGAUGAUUUCGAGGCUGAUUUCAGGGAAUUCAAGGACGAUUCCGAUGAUGAUGAUGAUGAUGUUGUCGAGCCUUUUGAUUUCACCGCCUCUCGUGCUGUGAAAUCUGUGCCAUUCAAAGGGCCAGCUGAGAAGUCUGCAAAGAGAAAGAGGAAGAAUCAGUAUAGAGGAAUCCGUCAGCGUCCUUGGGGAAAAUGGGCAGCUGAGAUCCGUGAUCCAAGAAAGGGGGUUCGUGUCUGGCUUGGAACCUUCAGCACUGCUGAAGAAGCCGCAAGAGCUUAUGAUGCUGAAGCACGCAGGAUUCGUGGCAAGAAAGCCAAGGUCAAUUUCCCUGAGGAUGCUCCAUGUGCUUCCCCAAAACAUUCUAAGGCAAAUCCGCAGGAAAAUCUUAAUACUUUUCAGCCCAAUCCCAAUCCCAAUCCCAGCAUCAAGUUCAAUGUUGGUAACAAUCAUGAUAACUACUACUGUCCGAUGGAUCUGGUGGAACAGAAACCCCUGGUUGACCAGUUUGCUAACAUGGGCUCCUUCCCUGGCAGUGGAAAUGAAAUCACAUCUCUUGCUUCGUCUGAUGAUGUGACCUUCUACUUUGGUUCAGAUCAGGGGAGUAAUUCAUUUGAUUAUUCAGAACUUGGGUGGGGUGAACAGGGCCCAAAGACUCCUGAGAUCUCAUCCAUGCUUUCUGCUCCUUUGGAAGGAGAAUCUCAUUUUGUGCAAGAUGACAACCAGCAGAAAAACAUGCAGUCUAACUCUCAAGAUGUGAUAUCUGUGCAAGAUAAUUCUGCUAAGACACUGUCUGAGGAGCUUGCUGAUAUUGAAUCCGAGUUGAAUUUCUUUCAGAUGCCUUAUCUUGAAGGGAACUGGGACGAUACAUCAUUGGAAUCAUUGCUAUCAGUAGACAUAACUCAGGAUGGCGGAAACCUGAUGAACCUUUGGAGCUUUGAAGACAUUCCUUCCAUGGCUGGCGGAGUAUUCUGAGCAACUUUCUCCUGGUAUCCCCUGCUUAUGUAAAUAAAGCUACAAGUUAGUAAUUUUCAUUCUCCUUCUGGGUUGGUUAAUUUUGUUUUUGCUUUUGUCUUAUUUGUUGCUAGAAUUGGACGCAUCCCUUGCAUGUGUCUGAAAAAGUAGGAUGUUGUGGCCAUUGUGUUGCUUUCAGGAAUGGUUGACAAUUGUCAUCUGUGUUGAAGAAGAUGGAGUUAAAACAAGUAACACUCGCUUAAGCAUGAGUGAAGUUUAUUAUUCUCUUGUGGCUGAAGUGUAUGGGACUAAUAUAGUUAUUUAGGUCCCUUUACCUUGUUGAUACCUUAGUCUUGGGGAUUUUCAAUUCAAUGUUCGUAAGGGUGAUUAUAUAUGAUCCGUGAUACUGUCUUGGCUGCUGAUAAUUUUUAACUUGAUUGUUUCAUUAUGUUCUUUUGCUGCGUGGGUUGGCUGCUUCUCUUAUAACAUGUUUCUUUGGGUCGUUGUUUGAGAGGAUCUGGGAAGAUAUUAAUUGUCUCUUUUUCUCUGCCAAAAAAAGAUCUCAAACCAGUGAGAGAAAACUGCUUUUGUGAGCAGCAGCUCGUGCUGUGCGCAAUUAGUAGCAUCGAAAACUUUAAGGAUAAAUUCUUCAACGUUGGAGAGGGACUACCCUGAGUAUGAAUCAUGAUCAUAUCUAACCGUCUAAGCAUGUCACUGUACAAAAAGGAAAAAGGCAUAUACAAGUCAAAAAUAAAUAAGAAAAAACAUAAAGGAUAAGGGGGAUGGAUGUAUCUGUGUGUAAAAUUACCCUGUCAAUGUCAUCGGUAUCAUGUGGGAGGCAUAAGCGUGAGCUGCUGGUGCAUGUGACAUCUACCGGAUAAGGCUGCCGCAUGGUCGGUCUCGCUCCAGCAUUAUGAAAUUUAGGUUGGGUGAAGUGAGUUUUCUUUGUUCAGAGUUUAAUCCCUUUGUUUAGGUGUGGAACUGACUAGGUCGCGCAUGAGAAAAAGCUUGUCACUUGGCUGGACCUGCAUAUAACGUGAUGGUGUUUAGGGAUCCCAAUACUUGUUGCGUUUUGGAAGAUGGAUCAUGUUGAUGUAGAAACUUUUUUGUGCACUCAUUCUUCCUCCAUAAGUAUAACCACCCUUGGAUACACACUUGGGAGUUGGGACCACAAUGCAUUUAAUAGUUGAUAUGUUUCAAUUUCUUCAUCCAAAAGCAUAAAAGAAUUUCUAGUUCAUGUGAAGCUUUUGAACUGAGAAUAUGAACAAAAUAACUAUUAGAGGAGCUCUGGUAUCAGGUUUAUCAGAGCCUGCAGUAGAAAUAGCACGGUAACCCAACAUAGAUCCAAUAAAAAAAAAACGUGACACAUGGAUUGCUUAAUCAUUCAGAUCUUUGCCUCUCUUUGCCUUUUCGGGUGUUAUAGGGCUGUGGUUUGAGUCCUAUAUGUGGAUAGUUGGGCUCAUGUACUUAAA